AUGGAGCUCCAGCAUAUUGAGGAGUCUCCACAUAUGGGCUCUGAAAUAUCGAGCCACAAGGACAUUAACAAAAAGGACAUAUCAGAAUUGAUAACAAUGAUAUAUCGUGAAAGGACAAGCGAAUAUUCAAAGAAAGCAAACCAGCUGACAAACGCGGGAGAGGCAACAAACGGCACGCCUAAGUACAUCACCUUCUUCCCAAGCUCUUUUGCUGCCUGCCUUGACAUUGGAAAGCUUUGCUACUUCAGCCUCAGCUUGACGAAUGAACUCGUCUUUGUUUCCUUGGACAUAAAGGUUGAGUCUAUCUUUAAGUAUACCGGCAAAAUUCAUACCCGCAUUUUUUCCUGCAACUUUUUGACAUCAACCGAUUCUUCUGUGGAAAUAUCCAAGGAAGCCAUUGAUGCCAUGGCAAGCUGGCCAAUGUAUUCCUCAAAAAGCUCACUUCCGAACAGCAUAGCAAAAAUUGCUGCAGGAUCGAUAAUCGAAUCUCUGAAAAGAAACAAUGAUGAAAAAAAUGCAAUCCGAGUAGCGUGA